GUAGAAAGAUGUAGAAAACUUCAAGUGAUUUAACGCCAGAGACUCAAUUUAACCAAGAAAAAAUUAUACAAAAAUUGUUCUAUAUGCAAAAUUCGUAAUUAAAAAUAGAAAAAUUAAAGAAUACAAAAAUAUUAAAUAUUAAAAACUUGACAUUUUUUUCUAAAGUGUAUUUUUUCAUUACCGUCAAUUAUUGACAGUCUUGUAAUGAAGGAUUCUUGUUCUUUGUUGGUAUACGCAAGGCGGUGAUUACAGAACUUGAAUUAUUUGACAAUGCCGGUAAAAGUGGAUGUUGUGCCACCGCCACCCGCAAAUUCAAAGCAACCGGGUGUAACAAAAUCUCUUCUUUAUAAUGGAUCAAGAUUUCAAGGGUCACAAAAGUCCAAGGGCAAUAGUUAUGAAGUUGAAGUUGUUUUGCAGCAUGUGGAUGAAGAAAACAGUUAUUUAUGUGGAUACCUUAAAAUAAAAGGUUUGACAGAAGAAUUUCCAACACUUACAACAUUUUUCGAUGGAGAAAUUAUUUCAAAGAAAUAUCCAUUUCUAACGCGUAAAUGGGACGCCGAUGAAGAUGUUGACAAAAAGCAUUGGCUGAAAUUUGAAUCCUUUAGUCAGUAUGGUAAGUCUUUUAAUUCCGAUACUUUUGACUAUGAAGCGUUAAAGGGAACGGACUUUGUUUUCAUGAGAUGGAAAGAACAUUUUCUUGUCCCAGAUCAUAAAAUCACUGACAUAAAUGGAGCAUCUUUUGCUGGUUUUUAUUAUAUUUGUUUUCAAAAAUCUGCUGCUUCUAUCGAAGGUUACUAUUAUCAUCGAAAUUCAGAAUGGUAUCAAUCUCUAAAUUUAACCCACGUACCAGAACACAGUAUACAAAUCUACGAAUUCAGGUGAAAGAAAAAUGCAUUGCUCAAUUUUUAUAACCCUCCAUUAUUUUUAGACACAACAUCCCGUAUAAAAGUACAGAUCUCAUAAAAGUUCCCGACUAUAGAUUGUUGCUAUUGACCAACUAAUAUUGGCCGUUUUAUUUUAAAGUAGGGAACUAUUAUGACGCAUUAAAAACUUAUUUUAUUGAGUGACGCAAAAGAAUUGACGCAUGUUACAAAAUAAGUUAAAUGCACAAUUCUUCAAAUUUCAUAUUAGAGGCUAAUUAAUUGUAAGAUGGAAUGCUAUCUUGAUAA